AUGGAGAAUCCCAUCCAGAUCCAUUCCCCCGUGCUGCUCGAGAGCACGCCCAGCGGUACAGGGGUGGUUGGUUCGUUACCGCCAACAGGCUCGCAGAGGUUCCCGAGCUACAGUCCUAGGAGCUCCAAAGAUCGGGCGACGGCUGCGCACUUGAUGCUUGAACAAGGCAGCCAACCCGCGGGCUUGGCAGCACGCGGCUUUGGCAUUACGUCUGCCAUUCGCAAGACUCCAGGCAGACACAAUCGGAUCCGUCGCGGCCAAGUCACAGAAAUGCCGUGUGCACCACAUCUCGAUCCACCCGACGGCAUCCUGUCGCAGGCUGGUCAAGAUUCAAUGCUAAUGGUGGCAGCUUUAAUGUCGGUGCCUCAGCUUUGCCGCAGUGGCGAUGGUGGUUGCGAGUCCUGGGUGUCAGAAGACGAACGUUUCUUGGCUGCCUGGGUCCGACUGGCGCUUGUCAUUAUCUCGACGGAGCGGCGGGGACGGCCCAGCCACCCGCAGACGCGCCUCCUUGCCUACUGCAGGCGGCAGGGGGCCAACGCAGACUGGAAAAGGGGUCCCGGAAAUGAUGGAGGAGUUCCGCCAGACGCGCGUGGCAUGGGCAUGGCAACCACAUAAUCGUCCCGAAGACCGAGCCUGUCGACACCGGCAGCCUGGAAUACACAGGCUGAAAGUCCGAGGGCUGGU